GAGAGCGAGAGAGAGAGAGAGAGAGAGAGAUUGUCUCUGUGAGGGGAUGAAAUCGUGCGAGGAUAGCCUUCCUCGUGACGGGGUCUUCGUCGUGAUGUGAGCAGACUCGAAUUUCGGCAUUUCUGUUGUGUGCACUUUUUCGCCGGCGAAAGCGUAUACACACACACACACACACAUAUACACACGUGCAAACGGUGUGCGGAUAUUUCGCGGUGGUUGCGCGCCGAACCGCGUCGCGCGGAUGCUGCGAAACCGGCCGGAAGAUUUCAACGCUCCGAUCGGGCGGUUGAGCAAUGCCGAGGUCACGCCGGCUAUCAUGAAUAACUCUUUUUCUCUUUUCGCCGCGGUAACGCGUCGUUCUCAGCUCGUCGACUCGGCGAGGCUGUGCGCGUGCGACCUCCUCGCGAUCGAGUCUCCGCAGAAUCGCGAGUGCGAUCGUCGGGACGAGUGCACGGUCUGAAUCGCGACGAGACUCGUGUCUCAAAGUGCCUCCGCUGUGUUCGAGGAACCGUCGUCCGGCUGGCUGUCAAAAUAAUCGCUCGCUCGUCUCCCUCGAGUCGAAAUUCCCGGGAUGAUGCGACGCUACGGCAACGCGAGGUGUCGAGCCGACGGCUGAGGAUCGAGAGAUCGCGAGACCCUCCGCGAUCCUUCCGCCGAGGAUUUCGCGGAGAGCCGCGUCGGCCACGCGCGCGCCUGUGGAACGAAAGUGUGCAGUGUACGUCCUCGAACGCCGCGAACGUCGUCGUCGUCGGCUGCACCUGCAGGGGUGCAUUGAUCCGGCGGUGAGCGGAUAGUUCAACAUUCGCCGGGGAGGAGGAAGAGCCUUCGUCGCCGAACGCAGGGGGAGAGACAGGGGCUCGUUAAGCAGCAGCAGCAGCUGCUGCGAGAACGACGAGGUCCCUCAGGCGUCGCUGGGGGAGGAGAGCUCGGAGGGAACGGGAGAAGAAGAACGCAGGAACGAAGGCCGUGGCGGGGCGCGGGGGGUACGGGGCGAAGCCUUGUGACGAAACGAAGGAUUAGAUGGUGGAGGUGCUCGGGUGCCGGGAGCCUACGGGGCCGCGCAGGGCACCUCGCACCUACCCAGUGCAGCUGCGCCGUGCGGGCCCUCGUCGCUUAGAGGUCCCGGAGGAUCCCGAGUCGCGCGUCCCGCCCGUCGGGCCCGUCGCCCGUCACGAGACGAGUGCCGAGGAGGAAGGAGGAGGAGGUCGUCGCCAGGCCGUGGAAUUCGUCGUCAGGCCGAAGGACGAGGUGCUCCCGUUGGCCGAUCCGACGGGACAGGACGAAACGAAGGAGAAGGAGGAGGUUAGUCCCGGUAGGCCGCAGCUCGCGGCCAGGUUCGAAGACAAGUCGGAGCCCGAGCCGGGCUCCCGCAUAAGGAGCGAGGCUGGCGAGCGCAAUGUGGCAGAGCGGCGGCAUGGGCACCCAUGCGGCCAACAACCCGUGGAUGAAGCUGAUGGGCAUCGUCCACAAGGAGCGCCGGCAUCACGACUCGGGGUCCACUGCCGCCGCUGCCGCUUCCGGGGUGCAGGGUUCGGCGACCACCGGCAGCAACGACCGGACGCUCAAUCAGUAAGUGUAGCCACUAAAUCUUAUUCACGCAUCGAGACUGUCGGUAAGUCGCAUCCUCCUUUGACUUUCACGAGAUUGCGAGAAUCACUGCCGAAUGAUUUCUGAAAAAUAUAUACACGAUUAAGAGACUCGUAUACGAGGAUUUCUCAUCGGGCGAUGAUAUUUACACAAGCGACUAAUUUAUUUAGACAAGUGCCGCGUGAUCUGAUCGAGAGCGCAGAAACGAUCAUUAAUCAGCGGCACGAGAACGAAGCGUUCGAUUUCUGACACGGACUUUCCGACCCGGGAAAGAAAAGGAUCGUACAUAAAAUUUGCCCAUAUACGAUCAUGUAUAAUCACAUAUGU